AAGCUGGGACAGCAAAUGGGGUCUGAAUCUAUCUUGAGAUUUCAGUCGCUCAUCAAGAUGCUCUCCAAACUCAUUUUAGUUUUUGCAUUGCUUUCAGUUUCCAUGCUGGAGCUGGAAGCGGCCUCGUCGUGUGCCCCAUCCUGCGUAGGCAAACAGGCAGGAGAUCAUGUGUCGGUGCCAUGGGACUGCACCAUGUAUGCUACGUGUGGCAAUAGCGGGGAUGGUCUCUACCCGUCAGACCCAAUAAAGUGUGCGGACGGUUUUUACUUCAACGUCAACGACCCUCUAGGGCCAAAAUGCGAUGCCAUUCUCUUAGCUGACCCCGGAUACUGCGUUAACGAGUGCAGUCCAUGCGAAGCUUACUGGUCUUACUUGGGCGACACGACCCCGAACCCCCAAGACUGUUCGUCUUUCUAUGUUUGCUUGGCUGAUCACGUGCUUUUGGAACAGCCUUGCUCUCAAGCAGGUGCUCCGUAUUACGAUUACGUUACGGGACAAUGCCAAAGUUUACAGUCUCACUGUUUCGGUUUCUGUGAUCUCUGCUACCCCUAUUGUCUAGCGACUGGAAGAAUUCCGGAUCCGCAAGACNAUAAGAGACAGCAAUAG